AUGGGGAAAAAGGCUUUUCUACCUUGGCUUCCAGAGUUAGCCGUGGCUGUAAGCUGCUUUCGUCUAACUGCUAAAGUCGUGGCUCCGCCUCACGCCGUAGUGAUCGACUCCCUGCAGCUACGCAGCGCCGCUAUUCCCCUGCUUGGAUCUCUGACUGCCAGGAUCUCAUACUGCUCUGUUCGCGCCGCUACUCCUUUCCGCUUCUCCGUUCCGCUUCUCUUUCACGGAGAUCAGCUUCUCACUGUCCAAGGUUCAAACCUCGGAGGCCGGAGCAACAACAGUGCCGUGUUUGUUGGCGCGAAAGAGUGCGUCACCACCCAGUGGAGCGAGACACGGAUCAGCUGCCGCCUGCCUUUGCUGCCCCCUGGUGUCUACAAGGUGGAGGUACAGGUGGGGAACAGAGGGUUCCCCAGGGCCAGCAUCAACACCAGCAUCGAAUACAUCCUGGAAGUUUACAGCAUUUCCCCGCUGACCGGCUCUUUGCUGGGAGGAACCACGCUGACGGUUUCUGGUUCCGGUUUCAGCAACGACACGGCUAACGUCCAGGUUUCUGUUGGAAGCAGAGCCUGUGAGGUGGCGUCCGCCUCGGAAAACCAGCUGCUCUGCACCGUUCAGUCAGGGGAGAGGACGCACGUCGUCACCAACCAGGGCUCCCACCUCACUUAUGGACCGGGAUACGCUUGGAGCCCGUCUUCGCUGCGAGUGUUUGUUGGCGACACAGUGAGGUGGCGGUGGGAGGCACCUGCCUUCCAGAGCGUCGGGUACCGAGUCUUCAGUGUUUCCAGUCCCAGUGGCUCCCAGUAUGAAGGAGGAGCUCUGAACAGCGGCGAGGCCCGAACUGCUGAAGGGUUCUUCAGCUACCGUUUCACCGUCCCCGGUACGUACUACUACAGCAGCGGCUACGUCAGCGCCUCCAUCCUGAUGCAGGGAGUCGUGAAGGUCGUGAGUCUGGAGGACAAGAACGCUGACGUCUCCGUCAGAGUGGGAGGCGUUCUGGCCAGAUAUCUGCCAGAAGGUUCACCCAGAGUCUCCAGAUCAGCAGCAGGCUGCGCGGCGUCCACACCCUGCCCACCGGCCAAUCAGACUUCAGACGGUCUUUCCUUCAGCUUCUCCGCCUGCUCCACCCCCACCGUCCGCUCCAUCUCCCCCAACCAGGGCUCCUACCACCAGCUGAUCCACAUCCAGGGACAAGGCUUCAGUGACGUCUCCUGCGCUAACGAGGUGACGGUUGGCGGUGAGCCGUGUCAUGUGACCAACAGCUCCUGGUCCGGGAUCAGCUGCCGGCUCGGCUCCAGCUCAGAGCUUCCAGUUGGCGUCGCUCUGCCCGUCUCCGUCAGAGUCAACAACUUGGGCGCCGCCGUUGUCGCCAUCUCUGAUGAGUUGAAGCGUCGCUUCGUGGUCCUACCGGUUGUCGACUCGGUGGCGCCCCCUGUUGGGAGCUCCACCGGAUUCACCCGGCUCCGGAUCGGCGGCUCGGGGUUUUCUGAGGGUGGCGUGAUGGCGGCGGGCGUGUCCUGCAGCGUUGUGAUGCUGAACUACACCCACAUCCUGUGUGACACGGCGCCGUCGGCGGAGCGCUCCGGGGACGUGGUGUUCCACCUGGACCAGAUCCGCAGCUCCUGCUCCUCCGUCUGCUCCUUCCGGUUCUCCUCCGCCGUCACGCCCAGCGUCAGCGGCGUCUCGCCCAGCAGCAUCAGCGGCCCGACCGACGUCCUGGUCUCCGGCUCCGGCUUUGGCAGCAUAGUGGACGACGUGUCGGUCCUGGUGGGCUCCACGCCACUGCGGCCGGCGGCGGUGAGCGACGGGAACGUGACGGUGCGGGUCGGCGCGCUGCCGGCCGGAGACCACCCGGUCCGGCUGCUGGUGAGGAGCAGGGGCCUGGCGUCCGGCCAGCCGACCCUGAGCAGCCGCCCGCUGGCCGCGCUGCGGCCCGGCGCCGGGAGCCUAGCCGGGGGGACGCCGCUUGUCCUCACUGGGAACGGCUUUGCUCCGGGGAACACCAGCGUGGCGGUGGGCGGGAAACCCUGCAGCAUCCAGGAGGAGACUCCAGACACGCUGCUCUGCCUCAGCCCCGCUCACCCCGAGGGUCCGGCCGCCGUCAGCAUCCAGGUGUUCGCCGUCACCUUCCCUCCGCUCAGCUUCAACUACUCUGCAGCCCACACGCCGGUCCUCAGCGCCAUCAGCCCCCACACCGGGCCGAGCGGCGCCGUCAUCACGCUCAGCGGAUCGGGAUUCGGUUCCGACUCCGAGCUCGUCUCCGUCACCAUCAACGGCGUUUCCUGCAACGUGUCGGCCGUCUCCGACUCCCAGCUCCGCUGCACGACGGGAAGCAACCCGGGCGGCACCUAUCCGGUCGUCCUGCACCACGGGGUCAAAGGUCACGCCCAGUCGGCAGUGGAGUUCACAUACGAGCUGACGCUCAGCGGCGUGCAGCCCAACGAGGGUGAGGACGGAACCGGAGCGGAGACUGACGGUGGAACCAACCAGAGCAGGACAUACGUUAGCUGAUGGAUUGAAAACCAAGGAAGACGUGACAAAAUAUACAAAUGAAGGCAGGAAAUGAGGAGCCUGAGUAAAAAGAACAGAAUUAGAAGA